CAUCGUUACAUUUUUUUUAUAACAGACUAAUUUAAUAUUAUAUAAAUAUAGGACAGCGAAAAUUGGCGUCUACUCCACCGACAAGAGCCAUGCUCUUAAAUGAUGAUGAUGAUAAUAUUACAUAUCUCGAAGUACAAAAACUAAGCAUUUAUGGACGAUAGACUUCAAAUUUAAUGCCAGUGUCAAUCCACAUUAACUACGUUUCGUUUAUUUAUUACCUACAUCCUACGCUCGACGUUGACGCUGAGAGGCCAAAGGGCAACGAUUCAUUUCAGUUACGAGUACGAGUAUCUACCAUAGCAGCUCAUAAGAUCAAGACUCUCAUUUCCACAACGCGAUUUCCACAAAUGAUUUUGUACAGAGAGUUUUCUCGUAAACAUUAAAAAAGACCGGCUGUGUAUAAACUAUUUGGGAGGAUUAUAAUUUAUAAGUAGUUUGGGGAAGUAUCAGAGUUUGAGGAACGAUUUUUUUUUAACAGUUUUGGGAUUUUCCGGGUCUUCAACGUUUACUUUAAUAUGUUGAAGCUUCACAUUUCGGCACUCUAAAAUUUACUUCAACAUGAGUAUUUUCACAGCAAGGGCGGUUUCUAUUGGAGCUUUUAUUCAAUCUAGUAUUACCAUUUUGUUAUAUGUCUGUAAUUUUGUCCGAUUGAGCUAUCAUUUUGCAAACCUAUUUACGUAUGCACGAUAUGUGGCAAUGUACUUACACGUAAUAUCAUCUAUGGUGACAUUGACAAAAAGGGAAGUUAAUUGAAGAUUCACUCUCUCAGUUGUACGGUGUUUUUCGCGACCAUCAGCUGCGCUCUUCUGGCAAUAUGUCUUCAUCCAUACCCUCUCAUCGAACUGGCUUUAUGUGAUACUCGUUUUACGUGCAGGCGGCGCGCCCUUGGAACGCACUUCCCCUUAAUAAAAAAAAUGCCUCAAAUAAACUUGCGUUUAAGAAAUCUGUACGGUCUUUCUUUGCUAGUAGUAUGAAGGAUUCCUAGUUGAAUUAUGUAUACAUGUAUUUCAUUACUUAUGUAUGUUAAGCUUUUGUGUUAUUCUGUUAAUAGUAGUAACUUGUAGCACCGCCCACAAUCUCUCUGCUUUACCUUAAGGUUGACUGGUAAAGAAUGCCUUUCUGGCAUUAAGUCCGCCUUCUGUACGAUAAGUUUUCUUUUGUGCAAUAAAGCUUAAAUAAAUAAAUAAAUUGAAGAUUCUAUAAUACCCAUCAUAGCCGCUAUCCUACCAAAUAUUUUAAAUCGUUAGAUAUCUAGGUAGUCAAUUAGAUUGUAAACAAAAGUAAAGUACUAGUGGUGAGAUAUAGACCUCGCGUUAAGCUUAGAAUAGAAAAUGUAAGUGAAAAACAGUUAGUACGUUAAGUCGUUAUCACUUAUCACUUAUCAACGAACAAUGGUCUUAAACGCCAUAGAUUCUAUUGGCGCUUAAGUUCUUUAUGCUAAUUUCCACAUUUUUCGGUUACGAAAUGCCUUCUGUAAAGGGAAACACCCGGAUGUUCUCCUCAUAUUCUAAGUAUGUCCGGACAUACGGAAGCAAAAUGACCGAGUUAAAACGGAGACCUUGGUAACGCUAUGGAUAAUAAAAUUAUAUCAGUACAUUUUAAGUCGUGGUUUUAAUACCGUUUUCAUAUUCGCCCCGUCACUGUCUGCCGCCGCGACGCGCGACGGUCGCAAGGUAUGUCGUUUUGGAGAAUAGCGUUAAAUAUAGGUUAGGAUUAUUUCUGUCGCGUCGGCGCACAAUCUAAACACAUUACACAGAACCGGCGUAAACUCCAAACGUUUAUACAGCUAACCGAUUACUUAUACUAAUUAGAUCAUGUAAACUCGUUAAAUUUUAAGAUCUGCGGUUAAUAUGUAAAAGAUCAUAAACUUAACUCUUUUAAAGUGGAUUGGUGUGGUUAAAAAUGAUUAAAGUGCUAGUUCUAGGAGUGUUGGCGCAAUGUGUUUUUAUACAAAGCCAGUUUGUGAUAGGCGGUUUAUUUUAUGAAGGAGAUGAGUUAGACGUAACACUGACCAACAGCGCUGAACACUUUGGCUUCCAGGUGUUGAUCAGAAAAGUAUCACGAAAGGGAGAAUUAAUAGAAGCAGGAGACCACGUGUGUAACCUCGCCAAUGAAGGUGUCAUUGGUAUAAUUGACGGCACCAGCGGGAAAGUCACCGCACACGUCCAAGCGAUAUGUGACUUGUUGGACAUUCCUCACAUCCUGAUCGAUCACAAUGACUUGAUUAAGGAGGACUGGUUCCAUCUCAACCUGCAUCCCAGCCCUCAGGCUUAUAAUAUGGUCAUAUCAAAGCUAGUAGAAUUGAAAAAAUGGACAAACGUUACCGUUAUGUACGAAAAAGGCUACAGUUUGAUGCGGGUGAGCGACGUACUAGAAAUGGCCAGCAAGACCAUGACUGUCUCCAUUCGAGAACUAAGUGGAAAAGAUUAUAGAGACGUCCUCAUAAAUUCGAAGAGGAACGGAUACACGAAUUUCAUCGUUGAUUGUCCAUCGAAGAAACUAGAACAGUUCUUAAAGCAUGCCCAACAAGUGGGCUUGAUGGCUGAUGAGCACUCGUACAUAUUCUUGUCGCUUGAUCUGUUUUACAAGGAUUUAACUUCUUACAGAUAUGGGGGCGUCAACAUGACUGGUUUUAUGAUAUCUCAAACCACAGACUGGACUAUGGACCAGAGUUACAAUGAAAUCAAACAAUACUUGAUACAUGACGCUGUGAAGUUGUUUAAUGAAACUGUGAAAAUGGUGAAGGACAUGACUCUGGAUCCUGGCACUGUCAACUGUCAAGAUUAUAAUUCCUGGGAUUACGGAUCAUCUAUUUUAAACUUUAUGAAAACGAAUAAGAUUGAAGAAUCAACAGGACCACUUAUAUUUGAUGAAUUCGGUCAAAGAUCAGACGUGCAUAUAAACAUUUUGGAAUUAACAUCUGCAGGUAGUCAACCGAUGGGGGAUUGGAACUUUAAGGAAAACGAUAUUACAAUAAAUCGACCGUUGCUCAUGGUGCCUGACAUCACCGGUGAAUCCAUAAUGAGAAACCUAACAUUUAAAAUACUUGUUGCAAUGGUAUCACCAUUUUGUUACCUAAAAGAGUCUGCCACGACGCUGACGGGUAACGACCGUUACGAAGGUUUUGCUAUCGACUUAUUUGAAAAACUAGCUGAUGAACUAGGAUUCCAAUGCGAAUUUGAAGUAACCAGUCUCAAAUAUGGAGGCUGGAAUGAAACCCUGAAUGAUACGGACGGGAUAGCUGGGGAAAUCGAUCACGGGAAAGCGGAUUUCGGCAUUUGCGAUUUUACUAUAACAUCAAACAGAUUAAAAGCGAUUGACUUCUUAACACCAUUCAUGUCACUUGGCAUAGCAAUUCUGUACCGAGAACCCAGUAAACAGCCCCCAGCAAUGUUUUCUUUCAUGGAAGUGUUCGCACCGGAGGUUUGGUAUUACAUGGUACUGAUACAACUACUUCUCGGGGUGAUCAUGAUCCUGGUGGGGCGAUUGUCGCACAAGGAGUGGCAGAACCCGCAGCCCUGCAUCGAGGACCCGGAGGAAUUGAGCAAUCAGUUCAGCUUUGCCAAUUCUGUGUGGCUCAUCAUUGGCUCCGUCAUGCAACAGGGUUCCGAAAUUGCUCCGAUCGCCUUUGCUCCGCGCAUGAUAACAAGUAUAUGGUGGUUCUUCACCAUGAUCAUGGUGGCGUCCUAUGUCGGGACCUUGGUGGCUUUUCUUGUGGUGGAGAAAAACGUUUUACCCUUCGAAAAUGCGUAUGAACUGGGUGAAAGUAAGACCAUCAUGUAUGGUGCUAAAGAUACGGGGUCAACUAUUCAAUUUUUUAAGGACUCGCAAGACCAAAAAUACCAAGACAUGUAUAAGAAAAUGGUCGAUAAACAUUGGAAUGCUCCCGGUAAUGACGAAGGAGUUCAGAAGGCGGAGACCAUGAAUUAUGCAUUUUUUAUGGAAUCCCCUUCAAUUGAAUAUUACAAACAAAGACAUUGCUCGUUGAUGCAAAUUGGUGAUCUUUUAGAUUCAAAGAGUUAUGGUAUUGGAAUAAAAAAAGGUUCUCCAUAUAAAAAAGUGAUGGACGACGCAUUACUGAAAUUGCAAGAAAACGGAGAGUUACAGAAACUGAAAGAUUUGUGGUGGAAAGAAAAAAGAGGAGGGGGAAAAUGCGGGCAAGAAACAAAGGAAGAGGAAAAACAAUUAGGGAUGAAGCACAUGACAGGGGUGUUCGUUGUUCUGGGAGUGGGUUGUAUUCUCGGUAUUGUCAUUUCGAUACUCGACAUGCUGUGGGGAGUCUUCCAGCGGUCAGUCAAAUACAAAACUACAUUCAAAUACGAGCUGGUUGAAGAACUGAAAUUCGCCCUAAAGUUUAGCGGCGACGUGAAGCCGGUGAAGCGGCCAGCGAAGACCGACGAGUCCCCCGAGGCCGAUGUCCUGGCCGAGGCCGAAGGCAAGGACGAGCUGCGGUCUCUGCGCUCUCUGUCGGUGCGUUCUGCGAGCACCCGGAGGUCAAGGAGUCACUCACAUAGCUCGCGCCAUACGCCUUCUGAUCUUAGUGUCCAAUUUGCCAGGAGAAGACGGUAUUCUCCGUAAUAGAAGUAAACAAGACCUGAUUAUUCCGGUAAGGACAUUUAUUUGUGUGAUGAGCACAGAUAUUUGUUCCUGAGUCGUGGAUGUUUUCUACGUGUUUAAGUAUUUGUAUAUUGUAUAUAUCGUUGUCUGUGUAACCACAACAUAAGCCUUCUUGGCUUACCGUGGGACUAAGUGAAUUUGUGUAAGAAUGUCCCCAUAAUAUUUAUUUUAUUUCUGGCUAUUUCCGUAAUAGCGCGUGGCGUCAUUGGUAGGUACAUUGCGAAAAUCCAUACUAAUUAAAACAAAGAUAUUACUUUGCUAAUCCGCGAAUUAAGAACAUGCUAGUCAAUCAGUGCUAACCCGUUAUACUUACUUGCGUAUUUUAUUAUGUUUUUUUGGGUAUCAAUUGCAUAGCACGUUAUUAUUUGGCGGAUUAGCAAAGUCGUUUUUUUUUUUUUCAGUGGUACAGUUAUUUAGUUUUAAAAAAGUUUUGAGAGAUUAUUUGAGGAAUAAGCCACAUAAAGUUACUAAACAGGUACCGUCAGUUUAUUUGUUACUUAUUUAUUAUUUAUAUUUAUCAAUAAGUAAACAAGGAUUUGUAUAAUGUUAUGGCCAUAAUUCACAUUAUAAUUCUGUUAACAGUAUAUUUAGUUUUGAAUUCGCCAUUAAACUGAAAAUAAACGUUUUAUUUAUUUAUUAAUAUUAUAUAUUUAUAAUAGGACAUAAACCUCGUUAAAUAAAUGGUUAUGAGUGUUA